GAGCCGGGUGGCGGGUCACCAUCUCUCGCCUAACCAUUGAAUGGGGACAAUUUGAUCCAGGAUUAUCCCAUGCCAGUAGGGUACGUUCUCCUUUUCUGUUAAUAUCCGAAGGUAUUUACGGAGGAGUGACUGUACGACUUGCUGUAUGUAACACCAUCUGCUGUCCAUGUGCUUCAAGUUGCUCCUUCUGCGUCCUCUUCCCUUGCUCAUUCCUUCCACAACAUCAACAUCGUUAGUAAUUCUUCAUUGCCUCUUCUCAUUCUUCUGCACCAAUACUCUUUAUAUCCUUAAAUCUCAACGCCGUGUCUUCUAUCUACAUCAGUCGAAUUUCUAAACGUGAUCAAUCACCCUCUCGACAUGCAUACUUCACUACCUUCAAUUCUUCUGGCUGCCAUGGCCACAUUGGUGGUUUCACAAACCAUCGACCCCAACUCAGUAUCCCUAGACCUAAGAGAGGCUUGGUGCAGUUCCCAAGAAGCCCAAUGUCCCUUGAUCUGUCUACAAGAGGAGGGUAACAGCGCAGGCACCUUCUCAAACACGUGUGAUCCAGUGACCCUGUCCUACAGCUGCGUCUGCAGCAACGGCUUGUCUCCCAAUGCUUCUGAAUAUUCCCUCACCAUUCCCUACUAUAUUUGCACUCAAUACAAUACCAAUUGUCAAGAGGCUUGUGGCCUGGACAACACUUGUGCAGCUGCCUGCAUACAAGACCACCCCUGUGGUGCAACGAACCCGACAAGAGUCAACACCACAUCAACCUCAACCAUGACCACUUCCACUUCCACGGCACAAGGAGCAGCGUCCACCGUGUCCGAUGGGGUGGUAUACACUGGUUUUGGCGGCAGUAGUACUGCAACAUCAAGUCCUGCAUCUGGGAGCUCAUCCAACUCGGCUCCCACCAGGAUGUUGAUUGAAGCAGGUCGCAUGUAUGGCAUAGCCACCGUCGGUGCCGUCAUCUUUGCUGGCGUCAUUUUCGGUCUAUAGUCUGGAGAGAGCAAAAGCGUGGAAUCCUCAAUUUGUCAUCAAUGUCAGGUAUGGUUGGGGCAGUCUGACCAGUUGAAAGCAUCUUUUCUUGUUUGAGCAAAGCGUUUGUCACAGCAUUUUGGCGGAGGCGCAGGCAUAUUCUGGUUAUUGACUGGGUGUCAAAGGCCUGAGUCUUUGCAUCCGGACUCGUUGUCGAAAGACUAGGCUAAUUAAUGGAUGGCAACAACAUAAGACUGUUUCCGGUAUUCCAAGUGCCUGUACAUCUUUCGUAUAUCUUCC